ACCAGAGAGAUGCAUAGUCGUGUUCCAAGAACAGUUUCAAAAUCAUGUUUUCUCGCAUUGUAAUAUUUUCACUUUCCUUCUGCCUUACAGUGGCUUACAAUUUGAACUCUCCUAGUGGAGCAACAACUCAAGUUACUUGUGGCAAUGGACAGUCCCAAGAAUACAUUCGGAUUGGAGAGAAAUACUACUUCCUAGGUGAAACAAGUGUCAAUUGGUAUGAAGCAGCUCACAUAUGUCGACGACUUGGUGGAAAUUUGGCACUUAUCGAAACAGCCGAGGAAUGGCAAAAUAUUUCGGAUUACUUAACACUAAAUCGUUCAAAUGAUUUCUUUUGGAUCUCUGGUGACGAUUUUGUUAAUGUUUUUGAUUAUGUCUCAUUAACAAACGGUUUGUCAUUGAAUUUUACUGCUUGGUCCUCUGGAGAACCAAACAAUCCUGGAAUCGAGCACUGUAUCCAUUUGUGGAAUAAAGAAGGAGGCUUUACCAUGAACAACUGGGUCUGUACUAACCUGGCUCAUUACAUUUGCCAGAGAGAGGAUUAUACUCGCUGCUGGGAUGGAUACUAAGAAUAUUAAUAAUAAAAUGUAUAAAAUAUAGAAUUUAUCAAAAUAUUAACACUAAU